AUAGGAGCAUAGUGUAGUUAGUGUAAUGGAAGCCAAUGUUAUAGAUGAAGAAGGUGACAGAACAGAAAAGAGACUGUCGAGACAAGCCUCAAAGGAAGGAAAUGAUGAUGGAGCAUACCACAAGUGCCAACUUUGCAACAAAAGUUUUAUAGAAAGACUAACUUUAGACACACAUGUUGAACAGUGUGACCCAUUCAAUGAUUCCACUGACACAAGAAAGAGACACCAAAUUUCAAAUUCUGAUAUAAAGAAAAGUGAUACUUAUAAAAGUCAUGAUGAAAAAGUUGAUGAAAAAGGACAAGGACAGUCCAGACAUGGGAAAGGAUUUUAUGAAAUAAUUGUGAAAGAGAAUAUAGAAGUCAAAUCCAUGAAAGGUAAUAUUGAUGCAGAAAUACAAGUUACUCAUGCAAAUGGAGCAACAGGAAAGCAAGGUGUUGAUUCUUCAAAAGAAAACAAACUUGAAUCACCGAAAUGCCUACAACAGGGGAAAGACAUAAAAAUGGUUGCUAAUAGAAAUGUAAAUGAUGAUAUAACAGAGUCAGAAAGUGCUGCUGGUGCUACAUGUAGUAAUAAUGUAAGUAAAUCAGGUCGUAAAAGAAAGAUAAAAUCUUUUGACGACUAUGAAACAGACUUUUCCUUUAUCAAGGGCCCUACCAGGACUGACAAAGACCUAGUAAAGAAAAUUACAGCUGAAUGUACUGGUAAAGUUAAUGAAUAUAAAGAGGGUAAUGAUAUUGAAGAUAAGAGUGGAUCUGGUUCAGAUCUAGUAGACAGCAGUAAUACAACAGCAGCUGUAAUUUACUUGUGUCCAGUAUGCUCAGAGGAAGAUGAAGACCUAGGCAACAUUCAGACUCACAUAAAACUACAGCAUGAUCAAGAACAGCUUUCUUGGGAAGUUCUUACUGAUAAAUGCAGCAAAUUGGGAGGUCAGCCUAGAGAUGCUGCAACUCGAGUACUGAAGAAGCAGAAAGUAUUAUGUCCAUUCUGCAAGGAAAAUUGUCGGACAUCAGAGCAAUUGAGAUUACAUGUGAAAGGUUUCCAUGAAUGUCCUCUAGUCUGUUGUGGUAUAUGCCAACUGCCCUAUGCAUCAAGAAAGGCUGCAGCAUUACACAUGAAGAAGUGUCAUUUCAAAUCACAGCACAUAUGUAUAGACUGUAAGGAAGGGUUUACGACAAAUCAAGACUUGAUAAAACAUAGAAUUACACUUCACCAAAAACAGACACCAAGUAAAAUGGAUUUGGAAAUUGAAGGAAAUAAAAGUAAACAGUCAGAAACAUAUGAAAUGAAUGAUGUGGACCAUGAACAUGCAGCUAGUGAAGAGCCAAUUGUAGAAAUGAAAACUGAGGAAUUUAAAAGAGAUGAAAUUUCCAAGGUUAUGUCUUCUAAAACACUUAAUAAUAGAAAUGAUUCUAAUGUUUUGAAACAAAUGACAUCAUCAAAAUGGAAAAAGACAACAGUUUCUUGUCCAAUCAUCAUCAAAUCUGCAAGAGUAAUGCCGAAAGCAAUUGAUAUUGAAAGCAAGGAAAGCGAUGAGGAGAUUAGAAGUGAAGAAGUAGGACUGACUAAAGGAAAAACGCAAUGCUCUAAUUCUGAAUUAGAUGUAUCUGAUCUUGAAGAAGAAGAUAUUGGAGAUGAAAUUCUGUCUGAUUUUGAUAAUGAGUUUAAUGAAGAGCAAAAUGACAACCAAAAUCCAAAAUGCCAUAUAGAUUUCUCUAAAAUUAAAGAUGUGAAAUAUAAAUGUUGCUAUGACUAUUGUGGAUCAGUUCUGCAAAACUUUGGCUCUUGGAAGACACAUAUAGUUUCACAUUUAACAAAUAAAAAGAAUGAUUCCAAGUAUGCUCCACUGCAGUGUAUUGAAUGUGGUUAUUCUACCAAGUUAAAGCCUGUUUUCAUACAACAUUUGCUGACUAAACAUAGUCUUCUAGAAAGCGUUCAAAUAAACCUAGAACAUUGUCAAAUCCUAGAUAAGAAAUCUUCUGAACAGGUGAAGAUAAUAACGUGUGUAUUUUGUUGCCUUACAAUGGACAGCAGACAUUUCUUAGCUCAACAUAAAUGUUUUAGAAAGAAAGUUCAUUUUUACUGUCCAUUUUGCAAAAGGAAAGAUUCAAGAUUUGAGAAUAUGCAAGAGCAUAUAAAAGAAGACCAUUCUGAGGAGACAAUUCACCGAAAGGUUCUUGGAGAAAAGUUUCAGAGUUUAAGAACUGCUCAACAUGAUCCAGCUUAUAGUAUUAACAAUACUGAUACAGAAUGCAGUAUAUGUAACCAGGAAUUUCAAACAAAUGAUGAACUGAAGGGACAUGUUAAUGAAAUACAUGCUGCCAAGCCUUUCAGUUGUGGUGUGUGUAGGCAGUGCUAUGGACGGUACUGUGCUGUGAGAGAUCACAUGAAAAAAACCCACUCGUUACCAAUGGCAUGUCAAUAUUGUAAGCGUGGAUUUGGAGAUAAAGCAGAUUUGGCAAGACAUGAGGCAACACAUCUUAAAACCAAACCAUUUCAAUGUGAUUUGUGUUCAGUUAGGUUCUCAGACCAAAAAGGUCUCACUGUACAUCAGCGCUUCAAACAUACAGAAUGUUCAACUCCUCAUUCAGAUCAGAAAGCAUUGACAAGUUCAGGGACAGAAUCAAGGCAAGAUACUUUUAUCUGUGAUAUUUGUGGACUGACAUUAUACACACAGCUACAGUAUAGAAACCAUGCCAAGAAUCACAAAGUGGUUAAUCAGGACAAAGUUUCACAAAUAAACUGUGAAAUUUGUUUCCAAAAUUUCACUUCUAGGAAAACAUAUAGGAGGCAUCUAUGUACAAAAUCGUUAGAUGCAAGCGGUCCACAGACAUUCAAGGGGCAGAGUGACUCAGUGCAAUCAGUAAGAGAUAUUUUUGAAAAGAUUAAACAAAAUCCAACACCUGGCACUGAUGCUGUGGUUCAGUGUAGUUUGUGUCAGAAAAACUUCAGCAAAAACAAAUAUCUAUUUAACCAUAUAAGACAUGUCCAUCUUCCAAAUGAAGGUAAAAAAUUUCAUUGCAAUAUUUGCAGAGCUGGGUUUGCCAGAAAAGCACAAUUACAAUGCCAUAUUAGAUCACAUACGAAAACAAAACCGUACAUGUGUAAGAUAUGCAGGAAACAAUUUCGUCAGCUUGGUCAUGUUAAAGUCCACUUGUUGUCUCAUUCUGCCAAAUCUGUUUUUAAUUGUGAGCUUUGUGCACAAGUAUUUAAGACAAAGGAUACAUUGAAGAGUCAUAUCUAUAAACACUGUGAUGUUAACCCAUAUAAAUGUUUUAUAACAUCCUGUAAUAGGUCAUUUGUAUCAUUUAAUAAUCUUGUACUUCAUGUCCGAAACUGUGACAACAAUCAGUUGCCAGAUAAAUCUUUUGAGUGUAAACUUUGCUCUAAUGUGAAACUAGAAGACAUAAAAACAGGAUUAGCUCACAUGAAAAGUCAUAGCAAAGAUGCUUUUUAUAAAUGCAGCAUAUGUUCUCACGACUUUACGGCAUAUAGAGCACUCUACAACCAUAAAGCAAAAUUAAAACACUUUACUGAGUCAGAAAUAGAAAAUGGAGCAAGUCAAGCUAUCCACACGCAGAACUUUAAAACAGAAGAAGUAAAUGAUGAUAUAGAUAUGGCAGAACUUCAAGAGCAGUAUGAAUUCACUCCAGAUACAUUUGAGUUACAAGAGAUGAAUGAAACUUGCAAUCCAGAGUCUUCUGACCACAAUGUUGCUGAAGAGGAUGAAGAAAACAGAGUUAUUGACACAGAAGAGUUAAUGGAUAUAGCAGAACAGUUGACACAUAUGGCACAAGGAAAUGUUCUUAGUGAUGAGAACUUAGAAGUAAAAAUCUACGAAAAUGAUGGUAACAAUAUAGUUGAGUCUGUUGAGACUGUAAUUGAGGAUUACAAUGGAGGAUUGUUUGUUGCUCCUGCUGUCGAGAUGUCAGUACAAACAUCUAAAUAUAGUAAUCAGUACAAUCCAUUGAAUAAUGGGCUUACAAUUUGUGAUGACACCAAUUUGCUGAAUGCAGAUUUGUUACAUGGCCGGAAUAAAGAUCUUGAUGGAAAAAUAACCAGUAGUGAUGCACCAGAUUUAAAGUUUUCACAGGAAGAUGAUAGGGAUUUAACUGUACAGUAUAGAAGUGGGAAUUUUAUUGAAAAGGAUGAUUAUCAUAUUGAAGUACUUGCAAGUCAUCCAGUUAUAGAUGAGAGUGCAGUGCUAGUGUCAAAAACAUUUCACCAAAAGAAAAGGCUGACCAGUGAAUAUAACACAGGAACUGGAGUAAGGACUGGAAUAGAAGACAAUGAAAUGCAGUUAAAUAACACAGUUACUGGGAGAGAUGAUUAUAAGAUGCUUGAAUUUAGCACAGAGGCUGGGAGAGAUGAUGAAAAGAUAAUUGAGACUCCUGCGGUAGUAAAUGAUGAGAUUCAGCCAGGGAUAGACACUGUUUGUGUGGAAAUGCUUACCAUUCCAACAAUAUAUGAUGAGCAAGGAAGAGAAGUUAAAGUCAAUGUCAUUAAUGAAGAGGGACAUGAAAUCCCUAUUCAAAAUAAUCCAGAAUUAUUACAAGCCCUGCUUACCACCGGAAAUUACUCAUUAGGAAGUAAUCUGUCAGAUUCUUUGAUGAAUAAGCUCGCUAAAGACUCAAUGUCUGAUGUAAAAGAGUCACAAGAUUUACAGAGGAGUUCAUGUGAAACUGAAUUUGAAAGUUCUGACUUCAAUAUUCAAAACAAUACUGAAAUUUAUGUUAUAAAUGAAGUUCAAAAUGUUGAAGAUCAAGGCAAUUCUGAUGCAACAAAUAAGAUAUUCACUGCCAACCGAAGAGCAAAGAAACUAAAGGCAAAUAUUUCCAGCAGUGACAGAAAUAUUGACAAUGUUCCAGGUGAGAUAACCGACAUGGAUACCUCUGUCAGUGAUGGGAAUGUAAAUUACAAAGUAAAGCUUAACUAUUAUGAGGACAGAAGCAAGAACAAAGAAGUAUAUCAUCUUAAAUGUGAUGUAUGUUCACGGCGGUUUAGCAGGCUUAAAGAUCUGAAUCACCAUAAGAAAAUCCAUUUACCUAAUGAUGAGAAACAAUUUAAGUGUAAACAGUGUGGUAAAGGGUAUACAAGUAAGAAAACUUUGUUUUCACAUAUGCUUAUUCACAGUGGAGACCGACCUCAUAAAUGCAAUCAUUGUGAUAAAAGUUUCAGACAGCUUGGACAUUUACAAACACAUCUACGUAUUCAUACAAACUACAGGCCGUUCAAAUGCAUCAAUUGCGAAAAGACAUUUGCUACGAAUAGCCAGUUGAAAAAGCAUGUGCAAAAACAUGGUGUUCAUUUUAAUCAAGGCUUAGAUAAUUGUGUAGCCUGUCUGAUAUGUGGGAACUCGUUUGCAGACGAAAAACAUCUUAAAAUUCACAAGUUAAAGCACGUAAGUGUUGCAGCUCAAAAUGAGCUCAUCAAAAACUACAAUGCUGUUGUAGAAAAAAAAGAGACAGCUAGCGUGGAAAAGUCUUUAAAUAACCAACAUAUGUGUGACGUAUGUGGCCAGCUGUUUAAUUCACUAUCAAACUUUAAAUAUCACAAGGAAAUUCACCUCCAAGAGCAUAAACAAGCAUGUACUGAGUGCGGAAAUGAAUUUCUUACCAAGAAACGCUUGCAGGUUCACAUCAAUCAAGUUCAUUCAUCUGGUAACAGGUGGCAGUGUGAUUUAUGUGGCAUCAGUUUUAAACUGAGGACAAGUCUUAAUACCCAUGUUAGACAUAUACAUAAGGAUCCAAAAUACCAAUGCACUAAAUGUAAUCAAGAGUUUCAUCGUAGAUAUGUAUUUCUUCAACAUUUGCCAUUAUGCAUUGGAGAGGAGAUUCUGCAACAGGGUCAAUAGAAAAUUAUUUAAACUCAUUUUGUUACUUACCAGUUUAAGAUACAUGUAUAUGUUGAAAUUAAAGGUGUCAGUAACAUAAUAUUAUUUAUAGAAGUAAGUUACACAAUGUAUCAAAGUUUGUAACCCUGAAAUUUAUUAUCUUAAGUUAGGAUAUUGAAGAGGACAUGCGACUUUUAACUUCUCUGUUGAAAUAAAAAAAAAA